AUGUCUACCGCCGUUAUCUCCGCCGACGAUGCUCUCGAGCCCAACCUGCAGUCCCUCCUUGACCAGCGCAGCCUCCGCUGGAUCUUUGUAGGUGGCAAGGGCGGUGUCGGCAAGACCACCACCUCGUGCUCCCUCGCUAUCCAGCUCGCCCGCGUCCGUCGAUCCGUCCUGCUCAUCAGCACCGACCCGGCUCACAAUCUCUCCGAUGCCUUCUCGCAAAAGUUCGGCAAGGAGGCCCGCCUCGUCAACGGCUUCGAGAACCUGAGCGCCAUGGAGAUCGACCCCAACGGUAGCAUGCAGGACAUGCUCGCGGGCCAGGGCGAUGGAGACGACUUGAACGCCGCCGGUGGUGGCCUGGGUGGCAUGAUGCAAGACCUCGCAUUUGCCAUCCCCGGUAUCGACGAGGCCAUGUCCUUUGCAGAGGUCCUCAAGCAGGUCAAGUCCCUCUCCUACGAGACCAUCGUCUUCGACACCGCCCCCACUGGCCACACCCUCCGCUUCCUCCAGUUCCCCAACGUCCUCGAGAAGGCCCUCGCCAAGGUCUCCCAGCUCUCCUCCCAGUACGGCCCCCUGCUCAACGGCUUCCUCGGCUCCAACGGCGCCCUCCCCAACGGCCAGAACCUCAACGAGAUGAUGGAGAAGCUCGAGUCCCUGCGCGAGACCAUCAGCGAGGUCAACAGCCAGUUCAAGGACGCCGACCUCACCACCUUCGUCUGCGUCUGCAUCGCCGAGUUCCUCAGCCUCUACGAGACGGAGCGCAUGAUCCAGGAGCUCACCAGCUACGGCAUCGACACCCACAGCAUCGUCGUCAACCAGCUGCUCUUCCCCCGCAAGACGAGCGACUGCGAGCAGUGCGGCGCGCGGCGCAAGAUGCAGCGCAAGUACCUCGACCAGUACGAGGAGCUGUACGCCGAGGACUUCAACGUCGUCAAGAUGCCCCUGCUCGUCGAGGAGGUGCGCGGCAAGGAGAAGCUGGAGAAGUUUAGCGAGAUGCUCGUCACUCCUUACACGCCGCCAGAGUAG